AUGUAAAAUUAAGAUUAAGAAUAUUUGCUCAAUAAUGUGAACCCCAUCUUAGAAUAACUAGCACUCUAUUUAGUUAAAGAAAAGCCUGACAAUGUGACCCAAGCAUCAAUUGAAUGGUUAAGCGUAACAGGAGCUCAAAUUGAAAAUGGAUUACAUCAUAACCAAAAUUUUCAUAAUGACACUGUUGAAUCAUCUGAUGAUACAGAAUCUGAUGAGGAUGACUACGAACUCUAUGCCAAUAAUCCCAUUCGACCAGAUAGAGCAAGCGUUAGUGCUGAAGUCUAUGGAAUUUAUAACAAGAAAACUAAUUUCAAACCUAAAAUAGUUGCAAAAUCUCACUUGCAAAUUCAGAAAAUCAAAGAAAAAUUAGCAUAAUCAUUUAUGUUCUCGGAAUUGGAUGAACAUGAUCUGAGAAUAGUCAUAAAUGCUAUGGAAGUCAUCCAAUGUAAAAAGGGAGAUAUAAUCAUCCGAUAAGGAGAUGACGGUGACAAUCUAUAUAUUGUUGAUGAAGGGACACUGGACUGCUCACGAACUAAAGCAGGCCAAGAUUCAGUUCAUCUGAAAACAUACAAACCAGGUGAAUCCUUUGGUGAAUUAGCACUCUUAUACAAUUCCCCCAGAGCAGCCACAAUAGUUGCAGAGGAAAACUGCGUUCUAUUCUCCCUAGAUAGAGGAACCUUCAAUCACAUAGUCAAAGAUGCUGCCAUCAGAAAGCGAGAAAGAUAUGAAUACUUUUUAGCUCAUGUUGAAUUGCUUUAAGAGUUAGACCCCUAUAGCAGAUCUUAGAUUGCUGAUGCACUAAAGAGCAGAAACUUCAACAUAGGUGACUACAUAGUUAAGGAAGGAGACGAAGGAGAUAUCUUUUACUUCCUUGAGAAGGGAGAAGCUGUAGCCACAAAAGUCUUGAAUCAAAGUUAGCCUGCUUAAGAAGUUUACUUUUAUAAGGAAGGUGAUUAUUUUGGAGAAAUUGCCCUACUGAGAUAAGCUCCAAGAGCUGCCUCUGUCAUUGCCGAAACUCCGUGCACUGUUGUUUAUUUGGAUAGGGAGACAUUCAAGAGAUUAUUGGGACCACUUGAAGAUAUACUCACUCGUAAUUUUAAGAAGUACGAAAAAUACAUGAAUUGA